AUGGUGACAGUAUUCGAGUAUUUACCGGACGAAAUUCUACUCUUAGUUUGUCUUCAACUUCAUCCGUUCGAUUUAGUUCAUGCGUUUGGACACCUCAAUGCUCGUUUCGAUACUCUUCUAUGUGAUUAUCGUCUAUUUCGACAUAUCAAUAUCGAUUCAAAUAAAAUUGCUUCGAAUUACACAAAGUAUAUUAUUAUUUACGGUAGGCGAGGUACCGCUCAAACACUUAGAGCAACUGUGAAGUGUCACUGGUUGGAUUUAUCACAUUUUAUCAAUCUUCGCAAGCUUAUACUAUGUAGACCGCCACGAGAACAGCAAAAUCAAUUGAGAACAAUAAUAGCGACAACGCAAAAUCUUCGUCAACUGAGACAACUAACAUUUAUCAAAUUCGAUGAUGAGGAAUACAUUUCUCGAAGUAUUAUGGCUGGAAGAUUUCCUAAUCUAAUUCAAUGUCAGUUACAGAGAUGGCACGAUGAACAAGUAAUACUAAAAAAAACGUUAUCCUUAAAAUGA